AUGUCAAAUUCAGAAGAACGCCUUAAUGAAUUAGUGGCCAUAAAAACUAAACUUGAUAUUUCAUUUGACUUGGUUUCCUCUGUAGUGGACUCUUGGUUACCACCACUUGACCCUGGUGAAAAGGAGAAAGAAGAGGAGGAAGAGCGAAAACAAGAAAACCAAUUAACAAAGUCUAUACAAGAGUUACAUGCAACGAGGGUUGGUGGAACUAGUAGCGUUAAAUACAAGUCAACUUCCGAAAAGAAUCUAAAACGUAAAUUAAUACAAAGAAAUAUACAUAAUGAAGAUGAUAAUUUGAAUAACCACAGCGGAAAUAAACAGAUAACAAGGGAGAAUAAAUCUGAGGAUGAGGACGAUAGUAAAACUUCUGCUACAUGUAAAAAAUCAAGAUUGGAUUCUGUCACUAAUUGUGAUGAAAAAAUAUCAAUUUUAAAAAAUGAUUUUUUGUCAUU